UUUAAAAAAUAUCCACAGUACCAUUACACUGAUAUAAAAAUACAACAAUUACAAUUCAAAACCUCCCACUUUCACAAACGACUCCUUCCUCAAACAUGAGAGUCCCUGCUUCAUCAGACACCAACAGUAACUCAAACCUCGUUUGCUUUAACGAACCCACUUCGGUGCUUGACCUCCGUAGAAGCCCAAGCCCAAGCCCAUCCACCGCGGAGGAGAAACCACUCCUCGUCUCCGAUCAAUUCCCGUUAGACGAUGAUGAUCAUGGGAUGCGUUGUUCUAUGGAUUGGGAUUCAAUCAUGAAAGAAUUAGAUUUAGACGACGAUAACCUCAAGCCUAAUUUCCCAUCUUCUCCUCACUUCUCCACCGCCGCCGAUCCUCCACUGCUUCCUAUCUUUCCCGAUCAGCUUCAUCCCCCGGAGUUUCCUGCAGGUCACGGUUACGGAUUCAACAACGAAGGUGGAGGAGGACUCGAUUUCGUAGAAGAUCUUAUCCGAGUUGUGAAUUAUGUUGACUCGGACGAGUUACAACUCGCUCAGGUGAUAUUGUCACGGCUCAACCAACGUCUGAGGUCUCCGACGGGAAGGCCGUUAGAGAGAGCAGCGUUUUACUUCAAGGAAGCUCUCGGUUCUCUAAUAACCGGAACAAACCGGAAUCAAAACCGGUUAUCUUCAUGGUCCGAUAUCGUUCAAAAGAUCAGAGCAAUCAAAGAGUUCUCCGGUGUAUCUCCGAUCCCUCUCUUCUCUCAUUUCACGGCGAAUCAAGCGAUCCUCGAUUCCUUAACCCGGCAACAACAACAUCAAUCAUCUUCUUCUUCUUCUUCUUCGCCGCCGUUCGCUCACGUCGUUGAUUUCGAAAUCGGAUUCGGUGCUCAAUACGCGUCGCUCAUGAGAGAGAUCGCCGAGAAAUCGGUCAGCGGGAUCAGGUUUUUAAGAGUGACGGCGGUUGUUACGGAGGAUUCCGCCGUCGAGACGCGUCUCGUUAAAGAGAACUUAGCUCAGUUCGCGGCGGAUCUGGAGAUCCAAUUUCAAAUCGAGUUCGUUCUGAUGCGUACGUUUGAGGUGUUAUCUUUAAAAUCGAUUAGGUUCGUCGACGGAGAGAGAACCGUCGUUUUGAUAUCUCCGGUGAUCUUGCGUCGUUUAAACGGAAUCUCCGGUUUCGUUUAUGAUUUACGGCGAGUUUCACCGGAGGUCGUCGUCUUCGUCGAUAGCGAAGGUUGUUGGACGGGAAUCUCAGGAGGAGCUGGAUCGUUUCAGAGAGAGUUCGUUAGCGGUUUAGAGUUCUACACGACGGUGUUUGAAUCUCUCGACGCCGCAGUUGCAGGUGGUGGUGGUGAUUUGGUGAAGAAGAUCAUUGAAACGUUUGUAUUGCGACCUAAAAUCGCGUCUGCGGUCGAAACGGCUGCGAAUAAGAGAGGAGGGGAGAUGAUGACGUGGCAAGAAGCGUUCUGCGCGGCGGGGAUGAGGAUGGUUCCGUUGAGCCAAUUCGUUGAUUUCCAAGCUGAGUGUUUAGUGGAGAAAGCGCAAGUCAGAGGGUUCCACGUGGCGAAACGACAAGGAGAGUUAUUCCUUUGCUGGCAUGAAAGACCUCUCAUUGCCACGUCAGCUUGGCGGUUUUAAUAAACCAACCGGGGAUUGAGUUGAGUUGGAUUUGGUUUGGUUUUAUUAUAUACUUACUUGUAAGUUGUAAGCAUUAGAGAAUUUACUAAAACAUUCACCGAAAAAUUGGCAUCAAUGACCAGAUGAAAGUUUAACAAUAUUGACCGCCAGAGUUUAAGUUGAUAUAAGAGCUAGUAACCUUUGAUGUACCAUCAAUAAUUCAAAAUGAGAAUCAAAGUGUUUUUGCUUUA